AGGUACAACACUGACAAUCUUUCAAUAGUUGCAGUUUCUACCUUCAGAUAAUAUCUCAAGAAAAAUAAAAUCCUGGAGAAGCUUUCAGCUCCAAUCGGAUAAUGGAAGAAGAACCAGUUAAUGUCAAUGAAUUCAGAGAAUUAGCGAGGCAAUCCCUUCCAAAAAUGUACUACGAUUUCUACUCUGGAGGAGCAGAGGAUCAGUACACCUUAAAAGAGAAUGAGGAAGCUUUUCACAGAAUCAUUAUUCAGCCUAGAACUCUUCGAGAUGCAAGCGGCAUCGAUUUAUCGACUACGGUGUUGGGUUAUAACAUCUCAAUGCCAGUGAUGAUUGCCCCAACUUCUAUGCAGAAGCUAGCAAACCCUGAAGGUGAGAUUGCAACAGCAAGGGCGGCAUCUGCAUGUGGCACGAUAAUGGUUUUAUCCACCUCAUCUUCAUGCUCAUUGGAGGAAGUAGCUUCCUGCUGCAAUGCUAUUCGCUUCUUCCAACUAUAUGUGUACAAGAGACGGGAUAUAUCGGCUAAGCUGGUGCAGAGAGCUGAAAAUAAUGGAUAUAGGGCUAUUGUAGUAACAGUUGAUUCUCCAAGACUUGGUCGAAGGGAGGCAGACAUUAAGAACAAACUCGAUGUACCUCCACUGAAGAACCUGGAGGGACUAUUGCCAAAUAAAUUCAUUUCUGAAGGAGGUUCAGGUUUGGAAGCUCAGGCCAGUGGGACUCUUGAUGCUUCAUUCUGCUGGGAGGACAUCACAUGGUUGAAAUCUAUUACAAGCUUGCCGAUUUUGAUCAAAGGGGUGCUCACUCAUGAAGAUGCAAUAAAGUCCCUGGAAGUAGGUGUUUCUGGGAUUAUCGUCUCCAAUCAUGGAGGUCGGCAGUUGGAUUAUUCUCCUGCUACCAUUUCAGUUCUGGAAGAGGUAGUUCUUGCCGUUGGAGGAAAAGUUCCAGUUUUUGUUGAUGGAGGAAUACGGAGGGGAACAGACAUUUUCAAGGCAAUGGCUCUUGGUGCUCAAGCUGUCCUAGUGGGAAGGCCAGUCGUGUUCGGUCUCGCAGCAAAAGGGGAAUAUGGAGUGAAACGAGUGCUUGAAAUGCUUAAAGAUGAGCUUGAACUCACUAUGACCCUCUCUGGUUGUUCUAGUGUGAAGGAAAUUACUAGGAGCCAUGUCAGCCUUGCCUCAAUGCUUUAAACAAUGUUAUAUAAC